UCCAUACUAUAUGCAUUGCCAACCACUCAAAAAAGAGGUGCUACCCAUUCACACACGAGUCUUUACUCUUUUCUUGUAGCUAACAGAUCUUCAUUUCCUUCGAACUUUUGCUAAUACAAUAUGGCUGCAACUAUGAUAGGAAGUGCUUUCCUCUCUGCAACUGUUCAGACCUUACUUGACAAACUUGUUUCCAAAGAGUUUCUUGAUUACAUAAAAAGCACCAAGCUCGAUGUCUCACUCUUGAAACAGUUAAGGCUAACACUACUCACUCUUCAACCUGUGCUAGAUGCUGCGGAGGAGAAGCAGAUCAACACUCCUUCUGUCAAAGACUGGCUUGAUGGCUUGAAAGAUGCUGUCUAUGAUGCUGAAGAUCUGCUUAACCAAAUUAGCUAUGAUUCCCUUCGAUGCAAGAUGGAGAACACGCAACCUGCAAGCAAAACUAAUCAGGUGUGGAACUUCCUUUCUUCUCCUUUUAAAAACAUCUAUGGAGAGAUCAAUUCCCAGAUGAAAGAUAUGUGUGAAACCCUCAAACUUUUUGCUGAUAACAAAGAUAUACUUAGUUUGCAAACUAAAAGUGUCAGAGUUUUUCAUAGAACACCUUCAAAUCCUAUGUUCGAUGAAUCUGUCAUGGUUGGUAGGAAAGAUGACCUAGAUAAAGUAAUAAACAUGUUGCUAUCAGAAAGCAAUACUAAUAUGGGCAUAGUUGCAAUUGUAGGCAUGGGAGGCCUCGGAAAAACAACACUUGCACAACUUGUUUGUAAUGAUGAAAAAGUUCAAAACCACUUUGAUCUCACAGCAUGGGCUUGUGUAUCAGAGGAUUUUGAUAUCCUUAAUGUAACCAAAACUCUCCUUGAAUCUGUCACUAAAACACCAUCAGGAACCGACAAUCUUGAUUUACUUCGAGUUGAGUUAAAGAAAAAUUUAAGGGAUAGGAGAUUUUUCAUUGUGUUGGAUGACUUAUGGAAUGACAGUUGUUCUGAUUGGGAUGAACUUGUAUCUCCGUUGAUUUAUGGAAAAAAUGGAAGCAGGGUGAUCAUCACAACACGCCACAAAAAAGUGGCAGAUGCUGCACGCACAUUUCCUAUUUUUGAGUUAGAUCCUCUAUCAGAAGAAGACAUUUGGUCUUUACUCUCCAAACGUGCAUUUGGAAGUGGUGACUUUUCUGAAACUCAAUGCCGAAACCUAGAACCAAUUGGCAGGAAGAUUGCAAAAAAGUGUGGUGGAUUGCCAAUAGUUGCGAAAUCACUUGGAGGACUGUUGCGUUCAAAAGUAGAUACUGAAGAGUGGAUUGAAGUUCUGAACAACGACAUAUGGAACUUAAAGGAUGAUAAUAUUCUGCCUGCAUUGCGCCUGAGUUAUCAAUACCUUUCCUCUCAAUUGAAAAGAUGUUUUUCCUAUUGCUCUAUUUUUCCAAAGGACUAUCCACUUGAUAGGAAGCAAUUGGUUUUGUUGUGGAUGGCAGAAGGCUUCCUUGAUCAUUCUCAUGACAAAAAAACUAUGGAAGAAGUAGGUGAUGAGUGUUUUACUGAAUUGUUAUCCAGAUCAUUGAUUCAACAAUUGCAUGAUGAUUCUAGAGGACAUAAAUUUGUCUUGCAUGACCUUGUUAAUGAUUUAGCUACGGUCGUAUCUGAAAAAAGUUGUUACAGACUUGAAUUUGGUGCUAAGAGCUAUGAAAAUGUUCGCCACUUGUCAUAUAAUAAAGAAACAUAUGAUAUUGUAAAGAAGUUUAAGACUUUCGACAAAUUCAAACGCUUGAGAAGCUUCCUUGCCAUUGACUUUGGAUGGUUAGAAUAUAAUUUAUCAAGAAAUACGGUCAAUUAUUUGCUACCCACAUUUGGAAGGUUGCGGGUGUUAUCGUUAUCAAGAUAUAGAAACAUCACCAUGCUACCCGUUACAAUUGGCAACUUAGUGCAGUUGCGCUAUCUAGAUCUCUCUUACACGAAUAUCGCAAGCUUGCCUGACACCAUAUGCAACCUCUACUACUUGCAAACCUUGAUUUUAUCUUGCUGCUCAAAACUCACAGAAUUUCCUAAAAAUGUUGGAAAAUUAAGUAAUUUGCGUCAUCUUUAUAUUGAUAUGACAAGCAUAAUAGAGAUGCCGAAGCAAAUUGCUGAACUAGAAAACCUUCAAACUCUAACUGUUUUUGUAGUAGGCAAGAAAAAUAUUGGUUUAAGUGUUAGAGAGCUUGGGAAGUUUCCUAAGCUACGGGGAAAGUUACUCAUCAAGAACCUGCAAAAUGUCAAUGAUGUCAUGGAGGUAAGUGGUACCAACUUGAAGAGCAAAGAACAUAUUGAUGAACUGACGCUACAGUGGGGCAAGGAAACCGAUGACACACUUAAUGAAAAAAAUGUGCUUGAUAUGUUAGAACCAUCUACAAACCUAGAAAAACUGCGCAUUGGAUCAUAUGGUGGGACAAGUUUUCCAAGUUGGUUUGGAGAUCCUUCGUUUUCUAACAUGGUGUCUCUCAGCAUUAGUACUUGUGUGAAUUGCAUGACACUUCCACCACUAGGGCAGCUACCUUCUCUCAAGGACUUGAAGAUUGCUAGAAUGACAUCUAUUGUGGCAAUUGGGCAAGAGCUCUAUGGCAUGGCAGCAGGAGGUUCCAAUUCUUCGUUCCAACCAUUUCAAUCCCUUGAGAAUUUGGAAUUUUCGUUCAUGGGAAAUUGGAAGGAGUGGUGUCCUUUUCCAGACAACAUGUUUCCUUUUCCUCGUCUCAAAACUCUGAGGUUAGUAAGGUGUCCCAAAUUGAAAGGACAUUUACCUAGUCAUCUUCCUUCCUUAGAAGAGAUUGAAAUAUAUGAUUGUGAUCAUCUCUUGGCAACACCACCUACUCCACAUUGGCUCUCCUCAAUAAAAAAGAUUCGUAUUGUGGAAGAUUCAGACUCAAUAAGCAAUACUGAAAGGAACCAAUACUCAUUGCUCGAGAGUGAUUCUCCAUGUCUGCUGCAAACAAUAGACAUAUGGAGCCGUCAUAUGCUAAAAUCUGUACCUAAAAUGAUUAUAAACAGCACCUCUCUUCGAGAAUUGGAUCUCAAUGGUAUUAGUUCUCUCACUACGAUUCCAACGAAUGGCUUACCCACUUCUUUGCAAUCACUUUCUAUUACAAAUUGUGAGAACUUAGCAUUCUUUCCUCCUGAAAUGUGGAGCAAUUACACAUCCCUUGGGACUCUUACAUUAGAAGACUGCAAUGCACUUACCUCCGUCCCAUUGAAUUGUUUUCCUAUGCUCCAGAAUUUUUCCAUCUAUGAUUGUAACAGUUUGGAAUCUAUUUUUAUUUCAGAAACUUCUUCCUGUAGCUCUUCAACCCUCCAAUCUUUUCAUGUCCGUGAUUGCGAGGAACUUAGAUCACUACCUCAACGGAUGGGCACCCUCACUGCUCUUGAAAAGAUAUUUCUCCGCAAUCUUCCAAAAUUGAAUUUAUCAUUAUGUGAAGGAGUUUUCCUACCUCCCAAUUUACAAUCAAUUGUGGUAGAUUCUGUGAGGAUAACAAAGCCGGUAACAGAGUGGGGUUUCCAAUGUCUCACUGCUCUUUCAUCAUUGCAAAUUAUGGGUGAUGAUAUUGUGAACAUAUUGCUCAAAGAGCCGUUGUUGCCCAUUUCCCUUGUGUCUCUAUAUAUCCGUAAUCUCUUUGCUGAUUGUCCAGGGCUUGUAUCAUUGCCAGAAAAAGCCUUCCCCUCCUCGCUGAAAUCACUUGAUUUUUAUGAGUGUACAAGACUAAAGUCAUUCCCAGAAAACAGUCUUCCUACCUCUCUUGAGGUACUGUGCAUUUCUAAUUGCCCAUUGUUAGAACAAAGGUAUAAAAGGAAGGAACAUUGGUCCAAAAUUUCUCACAUCCCAGUCAUAAGAAUAAAUGAGCAAGUCACAAUAUGAGUCAUGGCCAUUGAGAAGCUAAGAGAAUGAAGAAUUCCAUUCCUGUUUCAGAUUGCUAGAAGACUGAGAUGAAAAGAAGAACAACAUUUGAUUGCUCAAGAAAGUUAUUGUCUGUCCUCUUCUCCGACACUGCAAUCUAUUGUGUAUCUAUCUGUUUUAUCAUUCUGUUGCACUUACAUUUUCUGAUGAAUGCAGUGGUUAAUUUUAUCUUAAUGUACCAUACAAAUAUUUAUAUGUUUUCUUUCAAUCUGAACCAUGUGCAAUAAUAACCAUGUGAAGACAUUCAUGUAUCAGUAUUUUUGAAUUUAUCAUUUGAAUCAUACUACAGUGAGUAUUACUUUGAACAUGACUAUAUACUAUUAUGUAAUCUAGUUAGUAGUUAUUCCGUUCUUGUGCUCUUACUCAUUGAUACAGGUUGUUAUUUCAGAGAAGAAAAUGACCGUUUCAUUUUUAUCUACGCAUUCAGUUAGUUUUGUGCAUCUCCCAAUUUAAUUGCUUUCAAAUACAUUAGUUAGAAAAAGCAUAGCUUGGCCAAGAUGAGAAAGAGAAUAUGAAAUGGAAUUCAAAAGCUCCAACAAACUCAUGGUAUAGUUUAGAUACUCUUCAAUGGAAUUAACCUUCAAUUGACUCAUUGGAUAUUCACUGUCCACUAAAAGUUUUUCAAAAGCUUUGUUGGUGAAGUGGAAGAGGCCAAAACAGCUUUGAAACCAUGAUAAAGACCGAGUUUCUGACUCUAACUCUGGUUUCAAUUCCAGUGCUAAUUGAUCAAUGAGUUUGGAAAACUUUAUUGCAUGAAGUCUUGAUUUGGUUGAGGAUGACACUUGUGGUGAUUCAUCUUGAUCAAGAGUUUUGUAAAUUUGGCUCGACGUUUGGUAGAUUGUGAACUGAUAUGAAAGACCACAAAGCUCAUAAUAUUUCAACUUAACUAAUUAGAUCCUACCUUGAUACUAAUUUGACUUUUUAAGUUAUGCUUACGUACAUACGUGAACAUCGACAUUCACCGUGGAGCAACACUGUAAAUUUCCUACAACCUAACUCCAUUUUCAAACAACUCACUACUAUGGUAUCACGUAGACCAACCUAAACCUCUUCUGGUUCUACACUUCAUAAAAAUUUCAACUCACAAUUAGCUCAACUUCUAGAGGUAGCACGUGAGUUCCAAUAGCAAAAUGUGAAACAACACCAACAAAAUGAAGAAAAGUAAGGUUA